GCUAUCAAAAGUAUUUAACACGAUUAGAUGAUAUAACACCAACCCGGAAGCAGUGGAAUGUGAUUUCCGGCGGUUUUUGUUUUGUUAAGAAAUGUCAAGUUCUGAAGAAAAAUACCGAAAACUAGCCACAGAAUAUGCAAAACUAAAAGCCCAGAUACCUGUACUGAAGAAAGCAUAUUUAGAUGAACAAGCUGCUCACAAUGAGUUAAAGAAUGAAUUCAAGGAGCGAGAGCAAACUGUAAGAAAGUUUGAACAGGAAGUUGACAGUUUAAGUUUCCGCAACCAGCAACUGUCAUCAAGAUGUAGCUUCUUACAAGACGAGCUUGAAGCUGCAGACUCAAAGAAAAAACAUAAGCAUAAAGAGAGCCCUUCCCACCAUGCAGCGCCAGUGUCACCGGGAAUAUUUAGUGAGGAACUACAAAAUAAGAUUGAGGAAAAUGCACGCUUACACCAGCAGCUUAGCGAAGGUGAAGCUAAAUAUUCUGCCGAGCUAGACGAACUGAAACAGAAACUGAAACAUUUCGAGCGACAGUGUGACCAGCAUGAAGCUGUCCUCAAUGCUACAGUACAGAAAAAUAAGACACAGAUUGAUAAGCUACAAGAGGAGAAAGCUAUGCUUGAGGUGAAACUACAAACAAUAGAAACUGAAAUUAAGAACUACAAAAGUAGAACAGAAAAGGCAGAGACUUUGCUAGGAACUGUUGAGAAUGACCUCAAAGACCAACUCAACCUUGCCAACAAAAUUAUAGCUGACAAACUACCUUUUGUUGACACAAAAAAUCCUGCAUUGAAUGGUUUAAAUUUACCGACCCAUGAUAGGCGACAUCAGCUCAGAUCUCGUGAACUAGUGAACCAGUCUGCUAAUUUGUUAGGGGAGGUAAUCCAAGCACUGUCAAAUUUCUAUACAUAUACAGAACAGAGGUCACAGAUUUAUCCUGCAGACGGAAAAGUGGAACCAAUAAGUCCAGUAAAUAUUCAGUUUUGCAAGUUGCUGCACGAGAAUUUAUCUCAUUUACGGCCAGUAGAACAGUCAUUAAAGGAGUUCCUCACAUCAUUCAAGGAGGAUGCUUUAACUACAUUGGAAACUGCCACAGGACUGCAACCAUUUGCUAGAAAUGUGAAGAAAAUGGUAGCAUAUAUGAACAAAAUAUUGCCUUAUCAAUUGUCUAGUCUAGAGGAGGAGUGUGCAGUAUCAUCAUGUACAUCAAUGUUAGAAUCCAAAAACAUGGAACUACACAGAUCACUGAAGAAACUAAAUGCAGUAUUCAAUAAAUUAGAUACAAUCACUAGUCUUCUAGCUGCUCAAAGUACUAAAUCCUGUGCACACAGCCCCACAAAUCAUCCACGUAUGUUCUCCAUUUUGUGUAAUUAUUUGACUGAUCUUCACGAGGUUGUAAGAGAAGUAUCAAAGCAUUACAAUGCUAAAGUAUCAUUAGAACACCAGAUGCCAACAGCUACUCAACGAUUGAAAACAACAGAUGAAUGUGUUGUAUCUUCUCUCAUAUCUCUAGUCACCUCCACUGGAAAGUUUUCAACAUUCUUGUCUGGUAACAAGGAAUUUUUCAGCCAACGUGCCGGAUACCGUACAAGAGGAAGUAGUAUAGGUGUAGAUCCUGGUACCCAGUCUGUACGCUCAAACCCAGCUACAGUCAACUUUAGACAAAAAGCAGCACAAUAUAUAGCAUUAUUAUCAAAGCCAUGUCCUGAGUCAGUUCCCCACCAUGUUGCAGUACAGAACAGGAAAGUUUUACUCAGUUCUGCAGAAAGUCGAGAAGGACUUGCUAAACAAAUUGAGACAUUCCAGCAGAAAGUGAGCAAACUUGAGCAAGAAAAAGAACAUUGGAUGCUGGAACAACAACUUAUGAAAAUCAAGUUUGAAAAUGAAACAGAGAAAAAUAAGAAGUUAGAGAAAGAACUGGAGAAUAGUAGUCAUGUAGAACAGAUCACAUCUAUACAGGACAAUAUAGAAACACCAGUCCCAGUGCGGAAAGGAACAGAUUCAGAUAAACGUCUUGAUGUUACCAUGUUGGGAAAGGUUGAGAUGUCUACAAAGCCGACCGGUGUUGUUGAUACAAGAGAGAUGUUGAUUAAGAACCAUUUCUCCACCAGAAUCAACGAGCUUACACAGCAACUACAGUUAUCUGAUAGCAAAUGUGUCAGCUUCCAUGCUGAAGUUCGAGCCUUACACAAGCAGUUACAGAUGGGAGAGAGGGCCAAGAAACAAGCGGAAGAUGAACUUAAAGCCAUGUCACAAACCUAUGCUCAACUCAAGGAUGAGCUAUCAACUACCAGCAAGAACUAUGAGAGUCAGUUGAGUAUGAUGAGUGACCACCUGGCUGGCAUGAAUGAAAAACUUACCCAGCAGAAAGAUGAAAUAGAUGAACUCAAGUCACAGAUUUCGAACGCAAAAUCUUCAUCGUCAUCAUCACACUCGAAGUUUUCCUUAAAGAAAUCCAGGAAAUGAAAGCUGUAUGGUAGAGGUCAGACAAUUGUAUGCCACUAAAACAACAAAGGACUCCUUUCUGUCAAACUAUAAACAGAUAAUAAUUAUAUGUUGUUUUAUCUUUUCUCAGGGCCCUGUGCUUAAUAGACUGUUUUUCUUAUCAUCACUCACAUUUUGAAUUACCCUUGAUUGUGCCCCAGUAGUUAAAUUUUCUGUUAAUGUGAAUAAUUAUCAAGCACAUUGUGGUAAUUGGCUUAAAGGGAUAAUCAGGUGCUUUUUUUCAUGAAAUACAUUAAAAUUGUAAGGUUCGACUCACUCCUUCUGUUAAAGAAGUUUGAAGCAAUAGAAAGUGGCUAUGAAAAUGACGCCUCACAAUAUUGGAAUUCAUAAAAAUAAUGUGACAAAUUGUCAAGAGUUGGUCUGUCAGUAUUCAUAUAUCUGAUUAUAUGGUACAGACAAGUAAAAUUCGUAUAGAAAUAUGGUAGAUAUUAGUUCAAAGCAAUUUCUGGCUAAUGCGUUAACACUUGUUAUUGCUUGAUUUAGAGAUUUUAGGUAAAAAUGAAUGAAUAUAAAAAGAAUUUCAUUUGUUUAAUUGCUUUCACACAGAUUUAAAAUGCUGGUGUAGUUCAUGGUAAAUUAAUUAGUAAGUAGUAUUUUCUGAGCGUAAUUUCAAGUGUCCCAGCUGUUGUUAACCCGGUUGUUCCUUCUUGUUGUAGAGUUAGUGUAUAAAUAGAAUGUUUAAUUGGACAUUUUCUUUGUAAAUGUAUAUCCUUAAUUACGGUAAUAAAAUCUGUUAACUUUGGAUGCUGGGUAGUAAGGUUAACAGGAUUGUGCAAUAGAUUUAAAUACAUGUAUGUGUUUAUUUUUAAAAAAUGUAUAUACAGACAUAUAAUUGUAAACUAAAGAUUUAUUCACAUGUGUUUUGCAUUAUGAUGACGAUGUUGUGAUUAAAAUUAAACUCUA